AUGCCUGGGAUCCAGUUUGCAGAGCCUAAGAAAACGGAGGAGAGGCCCGGGAGGGAGAGGGAGGUGGAAAAGGGGUCUGCCCAACGAUUCCCAUCCCCGGGCACCGAAAUUGUGUAUCCCACAGGAUGGAGGCUGAUUGUCAUGACCAUCGGGCUCCUGAUUGGGUUCUUUCUGUCCAAUUUAGACGUGACGAUCGUGAGCUCGUCUCUCACGAGUAUCACGGACAGCUUGAAUGGAUUCGAGAAGAGGAGCUGGAUUGUGACGGGAUACCUGGCCACCUAUACAGGAUCAAUGGCCAUAUGGACCAAAGUCAGUGACAUCGUGGGACGGAAAUUAACCACACUCGUUUCGCUGGUCAUUCUUCUCGCCUUUUCCAUUGGGUGCGGUUGUGCUCAGACAGUCGAUCAACUUAUUGUAUUUCGAGCACUCCAAGGCAUUGGCGGCGCAGGCGCCUACGCUUUAACAAUCCUCUGCGUCUACGAGAUCAGCCCUAAAACAAAACUUCCGACAUACAGUGCCCUCACCGCAUUCUGCCUCGCGCUCGCCAACCUGAGUGGGCCAAUUAUCGGAGGCGCCUUGGUACAAAACGGACAAUGGAGAUGGGUUUUCCUUAUCAAAACCCGCGCCUCCUACCGCUCUUUCGCCAAUCUAGAUAUCACCGGAUCCUUCCUUAUAAUGGCCGGAACUUUCUUAACGAUUGCUGUCUUGAAUGAGACGAAUUUGGCCUUCCACUGGAGUUCCGGCGCCGCCAUUGCUCUUCUGGUACUGGCAGGGGCUUCCUGGAUUGCCUUCUUUGCUUGGGAGUGGUACAUUUCCGGCACUCCUGGAACAGACCCGAUAUUCCCGAAACGUUGGCUGUUCGAUCGUUCCUGGAUGGGCAUACUCAUUACUGCAUUCCUUAUUGGUGCUCCUUUUAACGUGGUUCUGUCACCCCUCGAUGCCGGUAUUUACCUGAUGGCAUACUCCGGGGUUGCGGCCGUUGCCGCAGCCUUUAUCAACUUUGCCAGCUCGAAAGGCCGAGUGCCAUUCGUGUAUUCGUUGCUCGCCGGCUGUGUCUUGCAUACCGUUGGCAUGGGUCUCCUGUCGACCCUGACCUCUGAGAAAGGCUUCCACGCUUCAGACAUUGGAUACGAGGUUGUCGCUGGUGCUGGAAUGGGCUUGAUUAUGGGAGUCCUUGUCCUGUCGCCGCCUUACAUAGUCGAAGACAGGGACCUCACCAUUGCGACCGGCACCGUUGUCCAGCUCAGAUUCCUUGGAGGCGCUAUCGGCCUCGCUAUCGCAUCGAAUAUCCUGAACGGCCAUCUCAGAGAUCACUUAGAUGGCAUUCUUAGCUCACACGACUUGCAUCUCUUCCUUGAGAAUGUCCAGGAACUUAAAUUAGUCACUCCCCACCUGCAAGAGACCGUGAAGGGGAUUGUCUCCAGUAGCUACACGACUCAACUAAGAGUCAUGAUUGGUUUUGCUGGCGCUCAAUUAUUCGCCGCACUCCUUCUCAUCAGGCCAGGCCGUCAGCUAGCAGCUGUACGGAAGCCUUAG